AUGGGCCAGCGAGCGAGCGGCAAGUCGUCCAUAUCGAGCGUGGUCUUUCACAAGCUUCCGCCUAAUGAAACCCUGUUUCUCGAAUCCACCUCGCGUUUGCAGAAGGAUUCUAUGGCAUCCUUCAUGGACUUCCAAGUAUGGGACUUUCCGGGCCAGAUAGACUAUUUGGAAGCCAGCAGCUUCGACCUCGAUGCCAUCUUCGGCGAGGUGGGCGCUUUGAUAUGGGUCAUCGACUCACAAGACGACUACCUCGAAGCUGUCGCCCGCCUGAACAACACCAUUCUCAUCGUUGAGCGAAAUUACCCCAACAUCAAUGUCGAGGUCUUCAUCCACAAGGUCGACGGCCUAUCCGAUGAUUUCAAGAUGGAGAUCCACCGAGACAUUAUGAUCCGCGUGCAGGACGAACUCUCCGACCAGGGCUUUGAGAAUGCCCCGGUCACCUUUCACCUGACGAGCAUCUAUGACCACAGCAUUUUCGAGGCCUUUAGCAAGGUCAUCCAGAAGCUGAUUCCACGCCUAGGCCAGCUCGAGGCCAUGCUGACGUCGCUCUGCCGUACCUGCCGCUUUGAAAAGGCCUAUCUGUUCGACGUCCUCAGCAAGAUCUACAUUGCCACGGAUAGCACCCCCGCGGAUAUGGCGUCAUAUGAGGUCUGCUCCGACUUUAUCGACGGCAUCAUCGACAUCACAGAGGUGUACGGCAGCUGGGACCGGCCCGAAGCGUACCACCAGCGCCUUGAGGCCACGCAGCAUCAGCCUCUCGCCGACCAAAUCGCUUGUCCCUGGGCAGAGAGCUGUAUCGUGCUGGCAGACGGCAGUAAACCGAUUCUGCUUCGCGAAGUGGACAAGUAUCUGGCCCUGGUGGCUGUCAUGAAGGAGGGCUCCUACGACAAGAUCCCAUUGAUCAAUAUGAACGUCGACGUGGUGGUCAGGGGUCUGACUGAGUUUUUCCAAAUCACCAAGCAGAAGAAGUAA